GGCAAGCAAUACGCCCCCUUUGGCCCUGAUUUCCUGCUAAACGGUAGCCCUGUGAUUAGCCAACACAGGGAAAUGGCAUUGUGUCCCGUCAGAGGGCCACAGGCGAGGUGUGGGGGGGACGGACUCGGCCAUGCUGACGGGGUGAGUAUGUGCGGAACACCUGGCUGACCUUGAUCAGGUCAGCCAGCCGCACAUUUCGAGCCCCCGAUGUCGCGCAGUGAGCUCCCAACUUCUGCACCUAUACUCUCCUGACAAUCCUGGUGUCCCGAAUGGGACAUCCCCAAAGGUGCGGGCUCCGUGGUGGGUGGGAAGUCAGGAGAGUGAAUUUUUACGAACUUUAAAUAUGGAUUUAAAUGAUCAACUUUUAACCAAAACCCAAAACCCAAAACCGGCGGUACUCGAGGGGAAACCCAAAAGUGCCCCACAAACAAAUACGAACACACAGCGCCCUACGGUGAGUGGUAGGCCAAAGGGGAAACCCCAAGGUCAGCCGAGCACCGAUGCUGGUGCUAGCACCACACCAGCGGUUGUGGCCCAAACCCCAGGUUCUGCGGCCCCCGCUCAAAACCCCUCAAACGCGGCCCUUGAAGCAGGGUGGACCCUGGUGAGUCGCCAGCCCAAAUCCAAGGCCACGGCACCCAUCCGUAAGGAAGGGACUAGUGGCCAUGGCGAGCGCCCACCCCCGGCCCCCAGUGGGAGCAGGGGACGCCCUGCCCGUAAAAACAAGAAGGGCCGUCGUAAAGAACGCGAGCGUCGUACCACACACAACCCCCUGCCGAAGGAGGGAGAGGCGAGGCCCCCAGUGGGUGGCGCGAGUGGCCCAGGGACUGCAUCAGCACGGUCUAAUGGGUCGGUCGCGCACCCCACUGGAAGGGCCCCCCUCCCUUCUAACAGCAAACCGGUAGAGAGCAGGCAGAGGUCCUCGACCAUUGCCAAACGUGCCCGCCUUGACGAGACCAUAUCUCCUAGAGGCGAGCACAAGCGGCAAAAGGUUGAGAGGCCCGCCGAGCAACGCACUUACGCCGAGGCCACCAGGCCUGAACUCAUGGCGGUAAUUACAUCAGCCAAAACUGGCUACAUACGGAGCCCCGAUGCCGACAUGGUACAGGUGGCCCUAUGUAAGCUCCUCUCGCAAGGAGCGGAGGAGUGCAGCGAGGAGGACGUCGGCCCACAGUUUCGUGGUAAACCUGUCUACAGUGACGGGUCCCUGAAACUGUGGUGUCAGGACACAGCCACCUUCCAGUGGCUAGAAGAUGCCCUUAGCACCAUCAGGCUGCCAUCCGGGGAGCCCCUCUCAUUGAAAAAUGGGGUGGAGGCUCCCCGGAGGGUGGUCUGCGGACUACUCAUCCCUGGUCACUGGGAGGAUGCGCGUCGAAUCGGCCGCAUCCUCAAGUGGCAAAACCCGUGGGCGGAGGCACACCGCUGGGUUGUUCACAAGCUGCAGCAGCACAGUGACAACUCUUUCGUAGUGGUGAGCCUCCCAGAGGAACUCGUCCCCGCUGUCCUGGGGCAUGGCCGGCGCCUAACCUUCCAGUUGGGCACGGUCUACCUCAGGUUCAGAUCGAAGAGGGGCCUGUACACCGAUGUGCCACCCGAGAAGACGGGCACAUCAGCGACGCGGAUGGACGUCUCCCCGGAGCCCUCCACCUCCUCCAAUAUUCCCGGAGAAGGUGAAGGGCCCUCCUCGACCCCCGUCUCUGCGGACGCCGCUGUCAAACCGGUGGCGACCAGCAGCGACGACGAGUGUGUGUUGGGGAUGGGAGACAUCCGACUGAGCGAGGACGUGGACGAGGAGCUGCUAUCUUCUGAUGGCGGUUUCCCCCUCGCUCAGUAAACUACACAUCGUCCAGAGCAACCUCCACCACAGCCAGGCCGCAACGGUUCAGCUCCGGAAAUGGUUGGAGGCUAACAACACAGCCAUGGCACUAAUCCAGGAACCGUGGAUUAGUGCCCGUGGUCAAAUAAAUGGACUCUCACACCUGAGAGAGACCUGUGUGCCGUAAAGCUUUUAGCAGACGCGGCCACGGGUCUGCCUGAAGUGGUGCUCGCCUCUGUCUAUAUGGCGGAGACUGAUGUGCCACCACCGCAGGAAAUGGUUCAGCUAAUCAACUACUGCGAGCAGAACGGCCAGAAUAUCGUCGUGGCUACUGACUCCAAUGCCCACCAUCCGUUGUGGGGCAUGGAUCUCGCAAAUGAUAGAGGUAAGAACCUAACAGAAUACUUAUUCACAACUAACCUUCAAAUCCUUAAUAAAGGUAUAGUACCAACUUUUAUAAAUAAAAGAUGUAGAACUAUUAUAGA